AUGUUCAGCAAGAAGAAGAAACGUGUUGAGAUCUCUGCUCCCUCAAACUUCGAGCACCGGGUCCACACUGGGUAUGACCAAGAAGAGCAGAAGUUCACCGGGCUGCCGAGGCAAUGGCAGGGCAUCAUCGAGGAGUCGGCAAAGCGACCCAAGCCACUGGUGGAUCCCGUGUACAUCACGGCUAUUCAGCAUGGCUCACAGAAGGGACAGCCCCAGGAAAUGGCGUCCAAUGGGCCAGUAAGCGGGAGCAGUGGCUCCUCCAGGGUCCACCAGCCAGGCCAGCCAAGGUCCAAAAACCCAGAGCCGCCCCAUCCAGGAAUCUCCCCGCACGCAUCAGAGCCCCACUUAACUCGCAUCCCCCAGUCAAACCUCCAGCCAUCUUAUUCCCAGCCGCUGCCGCCGCCUCCUCCCCCCACGGCCUCCCAGCAGCCCCGCUCCCCGCAGCGCGAGCCCCAACGGGUCUCCCACGAACAGUUCCGAGCCGCCCUGCAGAUGGUGGUCGACCCGGGCGACCCCCGGACCUACCUGGACAACUUCAUUAAAAUCGGCGAAGGCUCCACGGGUAUCGUCUGCAUCGCCACAGUCAAGAGCACGGGGAAGCUGGUGGCCGUGAAGAAAAUGGACCUGCGGAAGCAGCAAAGACGCGAACUGCUGUUUAAUGAGGUGGUGAUUAUGAGGGACUACCAGCACGAGAACGUGGUGGAGAUGUACAACAGCUACCUGGUGGGGGACGAGCUGUGGGUGGUGAUGGAGUUCCUAGAAGGCGGAGCUCUGACGGAUAUCGUAACGCACACCAGGAUGAACGAAGAGCAGAUCGCCGCCGUCUGCCUGGCUGUCCUGAAAGCACUUUCUGUCCUCCAUGCCCAGGGGGUCAUCCACCGAGACAUCAAGAGCGACUCCAUCCUGCUCACCCACGACGGGAAGGUGAAGCUCUCUGAUUUUGGGUUUUGCGCGCAAGUGAACAAAGAGGUCCCGCGGCGGAAGUCGCUGGUGGGAACCCCCUACUGGAUGGCGCCAGAGCUCAUCUCCCGACUACCUUAUGGACCAGAGGUGGAUAUCUGGUCCCUCGGCGUGAUGGUGAUCGAAAUGGUGGAUGGAGAGCCCCCUUAUUUCAAUGAGCCCCCCUUAAAGGCAAUGAAGAUGAUCCGGGACAACCUGCCCCCGAAACUUAAAAAUGUGCACAAGGUUUCUCCUUCCCUCAAAGGAUUCCUGGACCGCUUGCUGGUGAGAGAUCCGGUCCAGCGAGCCUCCGCCAGCGAACUCUUGAAACACCCCUUCCUGGCGAAGGCCGGGCCUCCUUCCAGCAUCGUGCCGCUCAUGCGGCAGAACCGGAUGAGAUGA